GGUGCAUCACAAAUAACUUUUGACUAGCCAAAUUAAAGAGAAACAAAAAAAUGGAACCAAUGAUGAAACAAGGAAAACAUUUUGUUUUGGUACAUGGUGCAUGCCAUGGAGGUUGGAGUUGGCACAAAUUAAAACCAUUGUUGGAGGGUGCAGGCCAUAAGGUGACUGCCCUUGAUUUAGCAGCCUCUGGGAUUGAUUUGAGAAAAAUACAACAACGUCACACACUUUAUGAUUACACUUUGCCAUUGAUGGAGUUGAUGGAAUCUCUUCCACAAGAAGAGAAAGUCAUACUAGUUGGACAUAGUCUUGGUGGUAUGAAUUUGGGACUUGCUAUGGAAAAAUACCCUAAAAAGAUUUAUGUUGCUGUUUUCCUCGCUGCCUUCAUGCCUGAUUCUAUUCACAUGUCAUCCUAUGUCUUGAAUCAGUACUAUGAACGGACGCCAGCAGAAAAUUGGUUAGACACUCAAUUUUUACCAUAUGGUACACCUGAAGAGCCACUCACAUCCAUGUUUUUUGGCCCUAAAUUUUUGGCUCACAAGCUCUACCAAUUAUGCUCUCCUGAGGAUGUUGCAUUAGCAUCAUCAUUAGUGAGACCAAGCUCUUUGUUUCUGGAAGAUUUGUCAAAGGAAAAGUACUUGAGUGAUGAAGGAUAUGGAUCAGUGAAGAGAGUUUACAUAGUAUGCACUGAGGACAAAGGCAUACCACAAGAAUUUCAGCAAUGGCAAAUUGACAACAUUGGUGUGACAGAAGCAAUGGAGAUUAAAGGUGCUGAUCAUAUGGCAAUGCUAUGUAUGCCUAAACAACUUUGUGACACUCUCUUGGAGAUUGCCCAUAAAUACAAUUAAUCUCAAGUCAUUAUUCAUUUUGCUCUUUACAUAAUUAAUUAUUUCUUCUUCCUUUCAACCGAAAAAAAUAUGUUGUGUUAAUUCUAUGUACCUAUUGAAGAGUGUGGUGAGAUAACUAAACAUUUCUUUGGUCUACUAUACCAAAAAUAUUUAGUGUUUAAUA